AGAGGAAGUGGAGUUCCUCCUCGCGCGUCUUUUCUGUCGCCUGUGAGCAGAGCGAGAGCGUCCGCAUAGCUUCAGCAGGAUCGAUAAAUUAGCAAUAAUCAUGCCGAUGUUCGUGGUGAACACCAACGUGGCUAAAAGCGACGUGCCUGCGGCUCUGCUGUCGGAGGCCACGGAGGAGCUAGCCAAAGCUAUGGGCAAACCUGCGCAGUACAUUGCUGUGCACAUCAACCCAGACCAAAUGAUGAUGUUUGGAGGGAAGGGAGACCCCUGCGCGCUCUGCUCUCUUCACAGCAUCGGCAAAAUCAGCGGGGCUCACAACAAGCAAUACUCUAAACUCCUGUGUGGACUGCUAAACAAACACCUGGGUGUCUCUCCUGACAGGAUUUAUAUAAACUUUGUGGACAUGGAUGCAGCCAAUGUGGCCUGGAACAAUGGAACGUUUGCCUGAGAAGGAGACCAAAGCUCUAGAAAACAGGGGGAAUAAAGUCAUUCCAGUUUCCUGCUUAUACAAGCAUACUUUAAACCAAUGGGUCCCAAACUUGUCAGCUUUUGACCUCUAAAAUGGCAGAGAUCUGUGACCCCAACUAUUUUUUUUGGUUAAUGAACAUUGGUAUCAGAAAAAUAUUUGUUAUGCUACUUUAAUUUAAUUACACUAACCACACUCACUUGUAAAAACUAAGGCAAAAAUUGUUGUUAGAAAUCAUUUUUAAAAUUUGUAAUUCUGAAAAUCUUUUCAAGGCCCCACAUUGAUGUUUCAGGACCCCACUAUGGGUCCCAACCCCAACUUUGGGAACCACUGAUUUAAACUGAUAAAAUGAUGAUGAAAACCGUUUAAUAAUCCAAGUCAAAAUACUGUUAUUUGACCUUUUUGCUUUGCACUGAUCCUUUUUUUUCUUUUAUUUAAUGAAUAAAUUAAACCCUGAAUAUCAUAAA